CUCGCUCAAGAUGGCGCUGCUCGCGAUACAUUCCUGGCGCUGGGCUGCCGCGGCGGCUGCUUUCGAAAAGCGUUUGCACCUCGCGAUUCUGAUUCGGCCUCUAGUGUCUGUGCGCGGAUCAGGUCCGCAAUGGGGGUCACGUCAGCUCGGCGUCCCAGGAACCGCUCGAAUUUCCCAGGCUCUCCAGGCAUGGCCGCUGAUAGAAAAGAGGACCUGUUGGCAUGGUCAUGCAGGAGGAGGACUCCACACAGACCCGAAAGAAGGGUUAAAAGAUGUUGAUACUCGGAAAAUCAUAAGAGCAAUGCUUUCUUAUGUGUGGCCCAAAGACAGGCCAGAUCUACGAGCUAGGGUUGCUAUUUCCCUGGGAUUUUUGGGUUGCGCAAAGGCCAUGAAUAUUGUGGUUCCUUUCAUGUUUAAAUAUGCUGUAGACAACCUCAACCAGAUGUCCGGAAACAUGCUGAACCUGAGUGAUGCACCAAAUACAGUUGCAACCAUGGCAACGGCAGUUCUGAUUGGCUAUGGUGUAUCAAGAGCCGGAGCUGCCUUUUUUAAUGAAGUUCGUAAUGCAGUAUUUGGCAAGGUAGCCCAAAAUUCAAUACGAAGAAUAGCCAAAAAUGUAUUUCUCCAUCUUCACAACCUGGAUCUGGCUUUCCACCUCAGCAGACAGACAGGAGCUUUAUCGAAGGCUAUCGACAGAGGGACAAGGGGUAUCAGUUUUGUUCUGAGUGCUUUAGUAUUUAAUCUUCUUCCCAUUAUGUUUGAGGUCACUCUUGUCAGUGGUGUUUUGUAUUACAAAUGUGGUGCCCAGUUUGCAUUGGUGACUCUUGGGACACUUGGUGCAUACACAGCAUUCACAGUUGCCAUCACCCGGUGGAGAACUAGAUUUAGAAUAGAAAUGAACAAAGCUGAUAAUGAUGCAGGGAACGCUGCUAUAGACUCGCUGCUGAAUUAUGAAACUGUGAAGUAUUUUAAUAAUGAAAACUAUGAAGCACAAAGAUAUGAUGGAUUUUUGAAGACAUAUGAGACUGCUUCAUUGAAAAGUACCUCUACUCUGGCUAUGCUGAACUUUGGUCAAAGUGCUAUUUUCAGUGUUGGUUUAACAGCUAUAAUGGUGCUUGCCAGUCAGGGAAUUGUGGCAGGUACCCUUACCGUUGGAGAUCUAGUAAUGGUGAAUGGACUGCUUUUUCAGCUUUCAUUACCCCUGAACUUUCUGGGAACUGUAUAUAGAGAAACUAGACAAGCACUCAUAGAUAUGAAUACCUUGUUUACAUUACUCAAGGUAGACACCCGAAUUAAAGACAAACUGAUGGCAUCUCCCCUUCAGAUCACACCACAGACAGCUACGGUGGCCUUUGAUAAUGUACAUUUUGAAUACAUUGAGGGGCAGAAAGUUCUUAGUGGAAUAUCUUUUGAAGUCCCUGCAGGAAAGAAAGUGGCCAUUGUAGGAGGUAGUGGGUCAGGGAAAUCCACAAUAGUGAGGCUGUUGUUUCGCUUCUAUGAGCCUCAAAAGGGUAACAUUUACCUUGCUGGUCAAAAUAUACAAGAUGUGAGUCUGGAGAGCCUUCGGAGAGCAGUGGGAGUAGUGCCUCAGGAUGCUGUCCUCUUCCAUAAUACAAUUUACUACAACCUGUUAUAUGGAAACAUCAGUGCUUCACCUGAGGAUGUGUAUGCAGUGGCAAAAUUAGCUGGACUCCAUGAUGCAAUUCUUCGAAUGCCACAUGGAUAUGACACCCAAGUAGGGGAACGAGGACUCAAGCUUUCAGGAGGAGAAAAGCAAAGAGUAGCAAUUGCAAGAGCCAUUUUGAAGGACCCUCAAGUUAUUCUCUAUGAUGAAGCCACUUCAUCAUUAGAUUCAAUUACUGAAGAGACAAUUCUUGGUGCCAUGAGGGAUGCAGUCAAACACAGAACUUCUAUUUUCAUUGCACACAGACUGUCAACAAUAGUUGAUGCAGAUGAAAUCAUAGUCUUGGACAAGGGUAAAGUAGCUGAACGUGGUACCCAUCAUGGUUUGCUUGCUAAUCCUGGCAGUAUCUAUUCAGAAAUGUGGCAUACACAGAGCAGCCAUAUGCAGAACCUUGAUAACUCCAAAUGGCAUGCAAAGAAAGAAAAUGUAUCCAAAGAGGAAGAAAGGAAGAAACUACAAGAAGAAAUUGUGAACAGUGUGAAAGGCUGUGGAAACUGUUCCUGCUAAGUCACAUGAGACAUUUCCUUUGGGGUUUUUUUUGACUAUACAUUUGCACUGAAGCAAAAUUGUUUCAUUAAAAAUUAUAUAUUCCCAUUACCCAUACUCCUUCUUUAGAUAAGAUUUAUUUGAAAGUGGAUUUGAGCUUUAUAUCUUUUACAAUCUUUUAACUAUAUUUAGCCCCAAAUUAUUUUCUUGUUAUUGCCUUCAUUUUGCUCAAAUCAUUAUUUUUGUUACUAUUUGACUUUAUCCCAUUUCCAUUUUUGAGGCCUGAUAGCCAUUUGAUGAUAUUCACAACCAGAUUAAUCAAAUUGGUUUCCAAAUUUUUACAGUUUUUAAAACCUCCUUUAUGCUGACAAUUUAGGUGGAAAAUGUCUGUUGUUUUUUUUAAUUUAAAAAAGAGGACAGUAAGGUUCAUUGUUUUUCUUUUCUGCAACCUCCAUUGAAAUACUUCUAUAAUAGAUAUCUUUACUUAUAUUUUUAGUGUUUUCCACUAUAACCUUUUUGAGGAAAAACUCAAUUCUCGU